AUGACACCACCAGAAUCUCCAGAUUUACCUCUUUUAGGAGCCACAGAGUCCAACUCGUCAAAAAAUACAACACAUGGUUUAGCAUCACGAGCCUUUUGGAACACUUUACGAACAUUGGCUUCCGACUCUCCAAUAUACAUAUUGAGCAGUUCGGGUCCUUUGACAGAAAAAAAGUUCAAUGAAAAUGUCGUUGCAAUAGCCUUGGCAAGUAGCGUCUUACCAGUACCAGGAGGUCCAUAA